AUGGGAACAUCAGAUUCUGAAAUAAUAUCUCAACCAGAAAUGGAUCAGCCUAGAGAUGAGACGAGCCUUCAGUCGUUGGGGCUUCAAUCAUCGAUCUACUUUCUCACACUCGAUGAGUUCCAACACACUCUUUCUGAGAAUGGUACUAAGAACUUUGGAUCCAUGAACAUGGAUGAGUUCCUCAACAGCAUCUGGACCGCCGAGGAACAUCAAAAUCAAGCUCACGCGCACGGCCAAGCCCACCCGACUGCCACCGUCCCCUCUACCAACAGUAUCCUGCAUUUUCCACUGCAUGAAGCUAAUGGUACUUGUGUUGGGAAUGGAAUAGCCAAGCAGUUGAGCUUGUCUAGACAGGGCUCACUCAGCAUCCCGGAGCCUCUCUGUAGGAAGACCGUGGACGAGGUGUGGUCUGAGAUUCACCUCAGUCGCCACCAUGGCAACGGCCAUAUUCCCAAUCCCAACACUGCUCAUAAACAGCCUACUUUUGGAGAGAUGACGCUCGAAGAUUUCUUGAUACGGGCCGGGGUUGUCAGAGAACAGAAUCUGGCAGCUGCUGCGGCAGUGCCUCCUCCUCCUCAUCCUCAGCAGCCGGCCUUCGGAAUAUACCAGAACAACAACAGCCAUCCUGCAAUGGGGCCAAGCUUCGUUGCAAGACCGGUGAUUGGUGUUGCAGGUUAUCAGCCACUGCAGACGGGUGUGGGGGACGAAGCAGGUUACGGAGGAGGGGUGAAAAGCUACUCACAAGGCCCUCCUCCAGCAGUCGGCUACGGAGGGAGAGUGGGAAAUGGAAGCGGAGGGGGAUUGGGAAUGGGGUCGCCAGUGAGCCCAUUGUCGGAUGGAAUGGGGGCGGGGCAAGUUGAGGGUGGAGUGGAUGGGAUGAGUGGAGGACGGAAGCGGGGCUUAGAUAGGCCGGUGGAGAAGGUGGUGGAGAGGCGCCAACGAAGAAUGAUCAAGAAUAGGGAGUCUGCUGUCAGAUCUAGGGCCAGGAAGCAGGCGUACACGGUCGAGCUCGAAGCAGAGCUGAACCAACUCAAAGAAGAGAAUUUAUAUCUGAAGCAGGCUCUGGAGUUGGAGAGGAAAAGAAAAUUAGAACAGUACUACGAGGAGCAGGAGGCGCAAAAAUCAUUCAAAGUUAGUGAGAAACUAAGAGCAAUGGGAAGGAGUUUGAGUUGUCCUUGCUGA